AUGCCUGAGGCAGAACAAACGAACAACGGGGACUACGAAUACAUCGAAGAGCAUACUUGGGGGAUAGUUGAUUAUGAUAGAUAUAUGUCAUGGAAGGCUGGAGAUGGCAAAAUAAUAUUUAAUUGGUUGAAUAUACUCAACGCGCGCACGACUGAAAGGAAAGUGUUCCUUCGUGCAGGGCGGGAGGUGACAGUAAAGAGGACGGUAUUUAAAUUGGUAAAGGCUGUUAUUGUAAAAUUGGAGGAUGUUGAAGUAAAAGUGGAGGAUGUUGUUGUUAAAUCGGAGGAUGUUAAGGUAAAAUUGGAGGCGGAGGAAAUACUUUUCGACAAAGGUCCCAUCCCAUCCUAG